AUGAAGCGCCUUGAAGCCCAGUAUGGGGUCAUCACACAACAUGUCAGCCAGCAAACACUCAUGAAGGCAAUUGGACAUAAGGGAGCAUUCAUGGUUCUUGGAAAUUUGUGCCUGAAGCUGAAUUUGAAACUUGGAGGAGUUAACCAUAACUUGCGGGUUUCUGAAAGUUUCCUCAAUGCGAAUUCUAAAUUACGCAACAUGGAUGCCACUCUUUUUCCCAAGACUCGUAUGUUUGUCGGAUUUGAUAUCAGCCAUGCUGGUCCUCAGUCAUUUGCUGAUCGUCAAAUGAAGAAGCCUCAGAGCGAGCCGACUGUAGUUGGGAUGGCAUUCACUGUUGGUGAACCAACAAAAAUCCGUGGAAGUUAUUGGAUGCAGGAACCACGCGAAGCCUCGAUCUCGAACAUUGCAGAGUAA